AUGCCCAAAAUCCUCCUCUCCGUCAACGCUGGAUCCAGCUCCGUCAAGAUAUCAGUCUACGAAGCUUCCCUUAGCCAAGAACCCCAAGAAAUCGCAGAGACGCGGAUCGACGGUCUCACGGCCCCUCCUCCUCAAUUGACAUAUAUAAGAGGAACGCAAUCGAUAUGCAAGGACAAGAAGCUAGAAGGAGAGAGGGUCGCUUCCCAAAACGACGCAUUCAAAUUCAUGCUCGAGCAGCUAAUCGCCGACAAAGACUUCUCCGCCAUCAGCAACAAAGAAGAUAUCGCCAUCGUAUGCCACCGAGUCGUGCACGGCGGCGAUUACGAGAUCCCACAGAUUAUCAACGAAGAUACAUACCACCACCUCGAAGCGCUGACCGACCUAGCACCUCUGCACAACGCUCCCGCCCUCGAGAUUGUCAAAUUCUUGUUGAAAGAGUUGCCAGAAGCGAAGAAUGUGGCAGUAUUUGAUAGUGAGUUCCACCAGAGCAUUCCGGAGCAUAUAAGGACGUACCCGAUCAAUCAGGAGAUUGCGAAGAAGAAUAAGUUGAGGAAGUAUGGGUUUCAUGGGAUUAGUUACUCGUUUAUUACGAGGAGUGUGGCGGAGUUUGUGGGGAAGAAGGAGAGUGAGACGAGUUUGAUCAUUCUCCACCUUGGGUCGGGAGCUAGUGCUUGUGCAGUGAAGAAUGGGAAGAGUUGGGAUACGUCGAUGGGCUUGACGCCUUUGGCUGGUUUGCCAGGAGCAACGAGGAGCGGCAACGUGGACCCGAGUCUCGUCUUCCACUACGCAACAAAUGUCGGGAAACUGUCUCCUUCCUCGACGGAAUCGCUCCACAUCUCCCGUGCCGAAGAGAUCCUCAACAAGGAAAGCGGAUGGAACGCGCUCACCGGAACCACAAACUUCGGCACCAUUGCCUCCUCAGACGACCCGAAAAUGAACCUCGCCUUCGAUAUCUUCGUUGACAGAAUUCUUGGAUAUGUAGGGAGUUACUAUGUUUCGCUACGUGGGAAAGUGGACGCUUUGGUAUUCGCAGGUGGAAUCGGCGAGAAGAGCGACCUGCUGAGAAAGAGAGUGACGGAUGAGGCGAGCUGUUUGGGGUUUGAGAUUGAUGAGGAAUUGAAUGGGAAGAAGGUUAAAGAUGUAGUACAGGAGGUGGGGAAGAAAGAAGCAAAGCAUAGGACUUUGGUUUGCAAGACAAACGAGCAGUUUGAGAUGGCGAGGUUUGUUGCGGUUGAUGAGAAGUUGUUUGGGUAA